UCUUGCACUCGUCAGCAACUGGCCUCUCCGACGCGUGCAAUAAAACUCGUCAUGAUGUUCUCCGCUAGUAAAGCGAUGUUGGCCAUCGUUCUUGCAGUCAGUGCGAUCUGCCAGUCGGCUGCAACUACGUCGCGCAACCUCACGUCGACCAACCCGGCUGCAUACAUGGCCACCACCUACAGCGCCAUGCACUCCACGGCCUAUCCGCUCACCGACAGCGACACUCUCGACACCACUGCACUCGAGGAGGCCAUCAACGCCGACAUGGCUUUGAUCGCGCAAAGCUUCAUGCACGUCCGAACCUUCUACUCCCAGUUUUACGGUGUGGGCGUCACCCAAUACGCUGCUGCACACGGUAUCAAGCUGCACCUCGGCAUCUAUAUGACUGACGAAUCGUGGCAACAGGAUCAGAUCGACAGCGCUGUGGCUGCCGUCCAGGACUACCCUGGUACCGUCGAGGCCAUUCUUAUCGGUAACGAGAACAUGUACACCGGCACCACGGCUUCCGAGAUCAUUGCCAUCGCCACCUCAAUCAAGGAGGCUCUUGGUGACGCUGCCGACGGCAUCCUGUUCGGGACGGUGCAACGAUCAACUGAGUACCUUGACACGACCUACGAUGACCAGAUCAAUCAGCUGUCCGAGAGCCUAGACAUCCUUGGUGUGAAUAUCUACCCGUUCUUCGACAACAGCUAUGACGCGAACAACCCUGCUGCACUGCUGGAUGCGGUCUGGAAUGCCAUUGCCGCCAAGUAUCCAGUCUCGCAAAUGCUUAUGUGCGAGACGGGUUUCCCUACAGCGGGCGAUCCGUCCACAUUGUCACCCGAUGUGACUCCUUCACUCGACUCCUCUAUUCAGUUCUUCAAAGCUGUGACCUCAUGGGUCCCCACAGGGGGCGAGACAUCAUUGAAAUUCUGGUUCGACUUUUUCGACCGCCGAUCGGAUGAUACGUCCGUGGACGUGGAGCUCGAAAAGCAUUUUGGUAUUUACUCGUACGACAGCCAGUUGAAGAGCGAAGACUACCUGACUGCUCUGAGUGGUGCUGCCGCCGUGUCGUCUAGUUCGAGCUCUACGCCCGCGACGACGUCAACGUCAACGUCAACUUCGACCAGCCAGACUCAAACCCAGACGGACAACUCGAUAUCGACCAGCGAAACCUCGAGCGCGACCACGACAGCGUCAACUUCAACGUCGAGCAACCAGAUCCAGACGCAGACCCUGACGGAAAACGCGGGUUUAGCUACCGAAUCUCCUACCUCGAGUCCGCCCAGCGCGUCUAUUUCUUCGACCACUACUCCAGCCUCAACGACGGCUAGCCCGAUUGUUACCACUACGUCUGCACCCACCUCUGCUGCCGCAACAACGGAGCCUACUGUGGCCGAACACGAUAGCUGCUAAGCGUGUUGAUCCUGCUAGUGUUUGCCAUCAGUAAAGACGAAAUGUUCGUACUCUUGUUGAGAAGAAGCACAACCGGUGCGUAUUCAAGCGUAAAACUUUUCAAUUGAAGAGUCUUCAAUGAAGGCGUUUAUAAUAUCCUGACAUAAAUGCACUCGAAUGCUUGCUCAGAGCCA